UGUCAGCGCGCAGGGGCUUUGGAUUCUGGGAACACAAACACACACAUCAGCCAUUUUCAGCUUGCUGUGGUCAUCCUCUCUCACUUUAACACAAAGAUCUCCGACUGUCGAGCUGAAAGUGACGAGAAGGAUGGACGAAGCGAAAGCGGGUCAUCUCGCGCACGGGCGUUUGUUUUGCUGAGCGCGUCAUAGACAAAAGCGCAUCGGACGCGCAUCUUUCGCCGGGGGAUUCAUCUGAUUCACGGCUGAAAUCAUUUUAUUGGAGCGAGUCUGGAAUUUUGGACGCGUCUGAAUCCACAGCAUCACAUUAACAGUCACUCUUCACGCUCGAAUUCUGCUAAAUUUAAAAACAACCCAAAGAAAGCGGAUUUUAAAAGCGAGCGGCGUGUCCCGCGGGUGAUGUCCACGAUGGUGUACCCUCGAGAAGAGGCCCUGGAGCGGCUCUCACAGGAUGAGAUCGUGUUGAACACUAAAGCGGUGAUGCAGGGUUUGGAGACGCUGCGCGGAGAGCACGCACAGCUCCUCAACUCCAUACUGGACUGCGCUCAGCCGUCCGGCGCCCAGGAGAAAUCCACCCUGCUCCGCAAGAGCCUGGAGGACAUCGAGCUGGGCCUGGGAGAGGCGCAGGUGAUCAUCGCUCUGUCGGGUCACCUGAGCGCCGUGGAGUCAGAAAAGCAGAAGUUGCGUGCUCAGGUGCGCCGGCUCUGCCAGGAGAACCAGUGGCUGCGGGACGAGCUGGCCAGCACUCAACACAAGCUGCAGAAGAGCGAGCAGAGCGUCGCACAGCUGGAGGAGGAGAAGAAACACCUGGAGUUCAUGAACCAGAUCCGUAAGCUGGAUGAGGACACCUCGCCCUCGGAGGAGAAGGCCGGAGAGAAGGAGAAAGACAAUCUGGAUGAUCUCUUUCCAAACGAUGAUGACCAGGGACCAGCUCAGCCCAGUGGUGAAGUGGCGGCACAGCAGGGAGGAUACGAGAUCCCGGCCCGCCUCCGAACCCUCCACAAUCUGGUGAUCCAGUACGCCUCUCAGGGCCGCUACGAGGUGGCCGUGCCGCUCUGCAAACAGGCCCUGGAGGACCUGGAGAAAACCUCUGGACACGACCACCCAGAUGUGGCCACCAUGCUCAACAUCCUCGCCCUGGUGUACAGGGAUCAGAAUAAGUAUAAAGAGGCGGCUCACCUGCUGAACGACGCUCUGGCCAUCAGAGAGAAAACGCUGGGUAAAGAUCACCCCGCCGUGGCCGCCACGCUCAACAACCUUGCCGUGCUGUACGGCAAGCGCGGGAAACACAAGGAGGCAGAGCCGCUCUGCAAGAGAGCACUGGAGAUCCGGGAGAAGGUUCUAGGUAAAUUCCACCCUGACGUGGCGAAGCAGCUCAAUAAUCUGGCACUGUUGUGUCAGAAUCAGGGCAAGUAUGAGGAAGUGGAGUAUUAUUACCGCAGGGCGCUCGAGAUCUAUGAGAACAAACUGGGCGCUGACGACCCCAAUGUGGCCAAGACCAAAAACAACCUGGCGACGUGUUACCUGAAACAGGGCAAAUUCAAAGACGCGGAGACGCUUUACAAGGAGAUUCUGACCCGCGCGCAUGAGAAAGAGUUCGGAUCGGUCAACAAUGAUAACAAGCCAAUCUGGAUGCAUGCAGAGGAACGAGAGGAGAGCAAGGGUAGGAGGAAGGACUCGGGUCCUUACGGAGAGUACGGCAGCUGGUACAAAGCCUGCAAAGUGGACAGCCCAACUGUGAACACCACGCUGAAGAGUCUGGGCGCACUGUACCGCAGGCAGGGUAAACUGGAGGCCGCUGAAACACUGGAGGAAUGUGCGACCAAGAACCGCAAACAGGGCAUUGAUGCGAUUAAUCAGAGUAAAGUGGUGGAGCUGCUGAAGGAUGGAGGUUGCGCUGGAGGGGAAAGACGUCAGAACCGGGACGGAGCAAACGGCCCCGGAGGCCCCCGAGGAGACUGUGAUGGUGACGAAGCCGAGUGGAGUGGGGAUGGCAACGGCGCCCUGCGCAGGAGCGGCUCGUUCGGGAAGAUUCGUGAAGCCCUGCGCCGCAGCAGCGAGAUGCUGGUGAAGAAACUGCAGGGCAGCGGCCCACAGGAGCCACGCAACCCUGGGAUGAAGAGGGCCAGCUCCUUAAAUUUCCUCAACAAGAGUGCAGAAGAAACCUCACAGGAAUCUAACAGCGGCCUGUCAGAAUCCAGAGGACUGAGCGCUAGUAAUGUGGACCUGACCAGACGCAGCUCUCUGAUCAGUUAGAAAACAGCGUCUAGACGUGGAAAAGGCCAAACGGAGAGGCUGUUUGCUACCUACUUGAAUCGAAAAUAUCAUUAAAUGUUCCUUAUUCAAAACGUUUUCCUAAGAAAAAGGUCUUAAAAGCAAAAAUAUGUCUUUUAGUUUCACAUCGCUUGCAUAAACUGGGCUACGUCCAUCUGCUUUGCCAUUAGCCACACUCAACGAACGCAAAUGUAAAAGAUAAAAUGCAAUGUAGCACGCUGUCACCUACUAGACCACAGGCAGACGAUCUGCUCUAGAGACAUUCAGUGGUAAUAUUACGUCAUAGCAUGGCAUCAAAAUUGAGUAGUUUAGCAUACAACAAUAAAGUAAUACUGUCUGUACAAAGCGCAUAUUUUCGCUGGGAUUGCGCUAUGGGCUUGCCAUUUAAAAAACAGAAAGGUCAUAUAUGCUAACUCCUUCCACAAAACGACCUCAAGUGGUGCGAAAACUAUAUUGCGAAUGCACUUACGAAAAAUAUGAACCUAGAGGUCAGAGACGGAUGAGCACUGACUGGUACAACCUCACUUUUGCCUUCCGAGUUUUAUGUAUAUAAUGAUUUAAAUUAUUUAAGUUUUUUUUGUUUUGCAAAAUUAGCGCACAAGGAUUUUGUUUACACUGUAGGUGGAUUUUUGUCCUGGAGCGACUGGAAAACGUGUUGAACGGUACCGUGAAGGAUUCUGCUUUACAAACUGAAGGCUCUUAUUUAUUAGGGGUUUGGGGCAGUUCUGCAAAUCUAGAUUCAUAAUUCAAACGCUCAUUUGUUUUAUCUGACUGCGAGAAUCCCAGCUCUGUCUGUCAUAGCUGUGAAAAAUGUAAUAAUGUGGUGGAAAAGGCCAACCAUAUAUAACUGGAAUUUUCCAUCAGUCUAUAAUGUGACAUGUUUUUCCUUUUACACGAUCUUCUAGCCGCCAGAACACCAUAUGAAUCAUAGCUGUCUAAAACAGACAAUUCCUCUUGUUUGUUUUAUCUUUUGUCCAUUUCAUGUUGAUUAAUUAUUAAAUAUCCUAACAGGAACAACAAAUGUCUUAGUGUAUGUAAAUGUUUUCACCUUUAUGUGAUUCUGUUACCCUUUUUAUCAUUAAGAUGUGCAGGAUUUGUGUGUUUGAUAUUGGGUUUAUUUGAGUGAUUUUUUUUUUUUCCUCUGUGCUCAUCAGAGCGAUGAUGAUGAUCUCAGUUUCAUCUCUGAAUGCACAGAGCUUUUGGAUCCAGCCAUACAAACAGGUAAAUCUCAUGAAUGAAUGUGUCUCAUAUUUCACCUAAAAAGCGUAUGCAAUUAUAUUUUGUAUAUAUGCAUAAAUUAAAGGCAGUACAACAAAUACUACCAUAAUUAAUAAAUAAUUCACCACUGAUAUAUAGAAGUUAUUUCAUAUGCUUCGUUGCCCUUAAUGUCACAAUGCUAAAUAUCAUAAUGGUCCUUAAAUAGGCUUCAUUUUCUUUAAAAUAAAAAAAAAUAAAAAAAUACAUCUUAAGUCUAUAUAAUUCUCAAAUUUCAUUCAAUUUUUUCUUGUUUUUUGGUGAAAUAUGAGACAGACUUGUUCUUGAUUAGUUUACUCGAACAGAAUGUAUUGCAAAAAGUUACCAAUGGGUUCAUUUUAAUGAUUUGCGUUUUGUUAGGAUGAACAAAAAUAAGGGUUCUAGUAAGUGCUUGAGUGAAGAUAAAAAAAUAAAGUGAUGAAAAUGAUCAGUAGAAAUGAAUGUUGGCAUGAAGGAAUUGAAGAUAAAGAUUAUGAAUGUCACUAUUGAUUGUAAAAUACUCCAUUUUUGACUCACGACUACAAAAAUACACACUUGUUUGUUCUCCUCACGCACUGACAGGUGUGUAGUUUCUAACAAUGCCGUGUUUACACCACAUAUGAAUGUGAACCCACCUUUGACUGUCCUGUUUGUCAUGACUACUGAUGAUUUGUGAUGCCUUUCUCUCACCACAUGUAAUGUACGCCUCACUGGUUAUAUUGUGCUGCAGUUACAGUUGCCCUUCUGCACUGAUCUCAGAACAGCGCCCCCUGUCUUAAUCAGAAAUCGUAGGGUUGUAGAAACCCGUUGUACCCAGAUCAGCUGUGAAGGGAAACAUCUACCAGCUCUGUAGAAUGUAGCCGCACCGCCCAACAUCCUCCCUCAGAGAUGCAUUUCACUUGUGAAGGGGCCAACCUCUCAUGUAUGUUUUAAUAAAAGGUUCGAAAUAAACUCUGCUUUUCAAACCAAA